GUCUUGUCUUCAACAGAGGGAGAAGAGCGAAAGGGUUCUUCGACUCUGGUGUUUGCGUGAGAGAGUAAACUUACAUCAGAAGCUUCUUCGUAACUUUCCAUUAAUGAAAAGGUCAAAAAUUUAUUAGAAAAAAAAAAAGAAAAUUCGUUGUAGAAGCGAAGUGGAAGAGGAAGAAGAAGAAGAAGAAGAAAAUUGAGAAUAUUAAUUGUUUAAGUAUAGUGGUGAAAGAGGUUUUCGUGAAGAGAAGUUUGAUCCUUUUUGUUGCGGCUUCGGAUAAAAAUUCUUCGACUUUGACACUCGUCUCUUCACGCAAUCGCGUUACUUUGUCGUAUCACGUCUGCUUUUGCGUCUUCUAGGGUUAGCUUAAUUUUGUUUGUUCCUUUUAAAUAGAAAAGAAAAAGAAAAAGAGAGGAUAAAUUCUUCUGGGUACGACGAAGGCGAAAGAAGGGGGAUAUUGAUUUGGUAGAAUAUUUGAUUUGGUGAAUUUCGCUUAAAUUUCGUGGUGGGUACUUUGGGAUAACAUUAGCUAACGCUGGAUUCUGAAUUUGUGUGUAUCCUGGUCGUGAUCAGGUCUUGACACUUGGGGUUUAAAGGUCUUUUGUGAAACAUAUCAAAAGCUCGGAGAUUCGACGAGGGUUUUUGGUGAAUCUGGAUUUUGGUCAAGGAUCGAGGAUAUAGAAAAGCUCUGCUCUUUUACAGAUUCGUGGUUGGAUUUUGUGUUGGAGGGCUUUUGAUUUUGGCAGCCUUUACCUAUUUUCGUUCCUAAUUUUGAUUAGGUGAGUCACCUUUCUUAAUUUGGCUGUGGGCUAAGGGGAUUCUGCGGUUGAGGAGUUUUGGGUCCUUUGGGUGGGUACGAUGAGCGGAAGCUUCACUGAGAGUUUCGCCGAUGAUGGCAAGCUUCUUCUUUGUGUGGCUGAGAAUGGCCACUCGUUUGAAUUUCAAUGCAGCGAGACUACUUCAGUUGAAUCUGUGAUGCGUUUCGUUGAAUCUGUUUCUGGUAUUGGCUUAUCUGAUCAGCUUCUUCUCUCGCUUGAUAUGAAGCUUGAGCCACAAAAGCUGCUUUCUGCUUUUGGACUUCCUGCAAGUGACAGGGAAGUCUUUAUUUUCAACAAGGCUAUGCUGCAAAGUAACUCUCACCCGCCAUCACCGGAAGAUGUAGAUUUACAAGACGUUGCUGACGCUUUACCACCUGCUUCAUUACAUGAACAUCAUCCCUUGGAUGAUGCAUCCGAUCCAGCUUUAAAGGCUUUACCUUUGUAUGAAAGGCAAUUUCGUUACCAUUUCCAUAAAGGCCGCACCAUCUACAAUUGUACGGUUGUGAAGCAUGAGAACUGCGAGAGGUUGACGAGAGAGCAAAAGGUACAACAGCGGGCUGUUGAAGUUGCUACGCGGAAUCUGGAACAGUAUUACAGGGUGAUCUAUCAGAACUUUCUUGAAUUUAUGAAGCGUUAUAAGCAUCAACACCGCCUCCACUCUGAUUUGCUGAUGAAUUUCGGAAGGGAUAUUGAGAAAUUGAGGUCAGCCAAGAUUCACCCUUAUCUUCAAACUGAUUCAAGGAAAUGCUUAUUGGACUUUGUCAAGGAAGAUAACCUAAAAAAGGCUGUGGAGAAUUGUGCAAGCUCUCACAGGCAAUUUGAGAAUAAGAUUGCACAGUUCCAGCAGAUGUUUGUCGAGGUCAAGCGCAAGGUAGAAGAGUUGUUUGCCUGCAGAGCUUCCUUAUCAAUGAAGAACUUAGAAGUGACUGUUAAGGAUCACGAACGGUUCAUUGAUGAGGAAAAGAGCAUAAUGCAGUCUCUCAGCAAAGAUGUCAAUACGGUUAAGAAACUUGUGGAUGAUUGCAUGUCUAGCCAAUUGUCCUCAUCUCUUCGUCCCCACGAUGCUGUUUCAGCCCUGGGUCCUAUGUACGAAGUGCAUGACAAGAAUCACCUUCCCAAAAUGCAAGCUUGCUAUAACUCGAUUUCAGAAUUGCUGGAUUUCUGCAAGAGCAAGAAGAAUGAGAUGAACAACUUUGUGCACAGUUACAUGCAAAAGAUAACAUACGUCACAUAUAUCAUCAAAGAUGCUAAGUUACAGUUUCCCGUUUUUAGAGAGGCAAUGGUUCGCCAGGAUGACUUAUUUGCAGACUUGAAGUUAGUCCGUGGUGUUGGCCCCGCUUAUAGGGCCUGUCUUGCAGAGGUGGUGAGAAGAAAAGCCUCUAUGAAGCUUUACAUGGGCAUGGCUGGGCAAUUGGCAGAGAAGCUUGCUAUGAAGAGGGAAACAGAGGUCAGGAAACGUGAGGAGUUUCUUAAAACACAUGGUCCCUUCGUACCUCGAGACGUGUUGGCUUCAAUGGGUUUAUAUGAUACUCCCACUCAGUGUGAUGUCAAUGUUGCUCCGUAUGAUACUAGUCUGCUCAAUAUUGAAAUCGCAGACGUUGAUCGAUAUGCUCCUGAGUUUCUAGUUGGGUUACAUUCGAAGGUUGCAUCCUCAAGGAGUUCACUGACCAUAUCUAGUGAUAGCUCGCUCUCCGCUGAGCCUGAGGAGAUAGGUAUAGACACUUUUGACAAAGACAAUUUUGAUGAUAUCCUAGCAGCCUCUGAAUUAAUAGAGAUAGCUGGAACCAGCAAGAUGGAAGUUGAGAAUGCAAAACUAAAAGCUGACCUUGCUUCUGCAAUCUCUCGGAUCUGUUCCCUAGGCCCACAAUUUGUAUAUGAGGUACUGGAUGAAAGUGAAGUAGCAAAUGUGUUGAAUGCUGCUGAGAAGACAGCAGAGGCAUUGCAAGCCAAAGAUGAGUACGAGCUACAUCUUCUACUUAUAUGCUCGGGAGGUAUGGAUGAGAAUAUGGUGGAUUCCUCUCAGGUGCUCAGUCAUCCGCUUGACUCAUCGAUGCUGGAAAGCCAGCAAAACAAUGAGAAAGGUGGAAAGGAUAGUGAGGCUGGGGAAAUGGGUGUGUUUCUAAGUAACAGUUCGACAGCCGAGAGCCCACAAAAAUCUUUAGAUGAUAAUGUGGCAACUGGCAGAGGUUUAGAUGCCAAACACAGUGAUGAUAUUAUCUUGGAACUUAGAAAUGAGCUGAUGGAAAAGUCCAAUAAACUGAGUGAAAUAGAGUCCAAGCUAAAUGGUGUUAUGGAAGAGGUAUCCAAUUUGAGCAGAGAGUUGGAAACGAAUCAGAAGCUUCUUGAAGAAUCCCAGAUGAAUUGUGCACAUUUGGAGAACUGCUUACAUGAAGCAAGAGAAGAAGCCCAGACCCAUCUUUGUGCUGCUGAUCGUAGAGCUUCUCAAUAUACUGCACUUCGUGCAUCAGCUGUGAAGAUGCGAGGUCUCUUUGAAAGAUUCCGGAGCUCUGUCUGUGCUGGCAGUGGGAUUGCUGAUUUUGCCGACUCCUUGCGAACUUUGGCUCAAGCUUUAGCCAACUCCGUUAAUGAAAAUGAAGAUGAUGGUACUACUGAGUUCCGGAAAUGCAUCCGAGUCCUGGCAGACAAAGUUAGCUUCCUCUCCAAACACCGGGAGGAAUUACUGGAGAAGUGCCAAAAUCUUGAAGCCACAAGUGAACAGACAAGAAAGGACUUGGAGGAAAAGAAAGAGCUGGUGAAAACAUUGUACACUAAGCACCAACUUGGGAAGCAGGCAAAUAAGGAAAAGAUAUCAUUUGGUCGUCUUGAAGUCCAUGAGAUCGCAGCAUUUGUGCUAAACCAAGCAGGACAUUACGAGGCAAUCAACAGGAACUGCCCAAAUUACUACUUGUCCUCUGAAUCCGAGGCAUUGUUCACAGAUCAUCUCCCAAACCGGCCUACAUACAUUGUUGGACAGAUUGUGCACAUAGAGCGCCAAAUAGUGAAACUGCCAUCACCACUUUCAGCUUCUGCUUCUCCUGAGGCGGGUAAGACACAUCAUCUCGGCUCAGACCAGGGCUCGAGAACUCUGGCAUCAAGUUCAAUCUCAACAUCAACUUCAGCAACAACAACAUCAAACCCUUACGGUCUCUCUUCAGGAUGUGAAUACUUCAUAGUGACGAUAGCAAUGCUUCCUGACACUGCUAUUCAUCAACAAACUUCCUGAUCCUUUUGCUUGUUCUUAAGGCAGAUAGACGUGAUGGAAGAAACCACCUCCCCCCAAAAAAGAACAAAAAAUGUAAAUACUUUGAAUUCAAAUAACACAAUCUAAAACCAGACAGCCCCUUAUAUGAUUUGUGGGUUUCAUUUGUCUCUUCUUUAAUUUCCUUUUAUUUCAUAUCUUUCUUCUUUAUGUACAUGUACAGCUGAUGAUCACUGAUCUUAGUUUAAUCUUUUCUCCUUGUA